CACAGAGUGUGUGAUGGUGAAGUUUUAAAAGCAGUUCUACGGUGGAAUUUGCUGUGGCCAGAAGUGCAAAUUGACGGUUUAAAAAAAAAAUUGUGUUUUGUGCAAAAAAAAAUGUCCAAUCGGAUCUAAUUGGAUACGCUCUAGAAUAUGCAUCAAUAAGUCGUUAGAAAUUGAUUGAGAAUAGAACAUUGAAUAAGCAAAUUGCUUGAGGUCAUAAUGGGCACAAUUUUCCUGGAACUGUCUUACACACAAUUAAGGUUUUACUUUGACGAUACAAUAAUCAAUCCAUUUUAUCAGAGAUCAAUUUAAUGAAAAUUUGCAAUAAUCUCAAUCAUCUUUUGUGGUCGAAAAUGUCAAUUCAAUCCCCCUAGAGAGAGCUCUUCACCACUGCUCUGGCAAUUCAUCAUCGAUUUUCUGAGGAUUCCCCAAGGCGAGAAUAUUGCUCUUGUGUGGACAGAAGUUGUGAAGUUGAAAUGCUCUAUGUGUGUUAAAGGUUACCCAAAAUGUCACCAAUAAAUGCAAUAGUCUUCUUGAUGAUUCUCCUGGCCAAGGGUGCUCAAAGUGCCCUCCAAAUUGCUUCAUGUGACAGUGCUUCAAGCAACACCACCCAUUGUGUCUUUACAAAUUUAAUUGGAAUCAACAUAAUCUUCAAAGCACGUACAUCAACGGAUGUUCCGGAGCUUGAAUCAGUGGAAUUUCGCAAUUGCAAUUUACCCAAACUUCCCCUAACACUCUUCACGACGUACACGGGAUUGACACGCGUGGAUAUAUCCAAGUGCCAAAUGCGCCAAUUAAAUGGAAAGACAACGCUGAUGAAUGCAAAGAAGUUGAAGAUUCUCGAUAUGUCUGAGAAUAAUUUGGACGACCUCCCGGAUGGGGUGUUCAGUGAAGGUGCGGAAUUAGUUGAGCUCUAUCUCGCAAGAAAUCAAAUAUCAACUGUAUCAAAUAAUGCCUUUGCGGGAUUGAAAAAGCUCGAACUUCUCGAUUUAUCCUUCAAUACGAUCAAAACAAUUCGUGGUGAUGUCUUUUGGGAUCUUCGACAGAUUAAAUUCAUCUACAUCAAUAACAAUGCAAUGUCCACGAUGAGAAUUAAUUUUGUCAACUGUACGAAUCUCAUUGAAUACGAUGGGAGUCACAAUGAUCUCACAGAUUGGAGUUUAACAUUCCCCGGAAAAUCCAAAGUUGUUCUCAAUCUCUCAUACACAAAGCUAAAGAAUACGUACAGUAGUGCCGCGGAUAAAGGUGAAUUGAUCAUCAAUGGAAAUGCUGUGGAUUACAUAAAGAUCCUCGGGCAAGUCAGUAGGGUCAGUGCGAAAUACAAUAAAAUCCGAUAUGUUGAAAUUGACCCCUCCCUACCCAUCUACAUGCUCGAAUUCACUGGGAAUUUCAUCACAGACAUUGGAAAUAUAACGAAAAUUAAAACUCUCGAGAAGUUGGAUCUAUCUGAGAAUCGUCUUCUACCCCUAACAUCGACAACUUUCAGCAAAAUGGAAGAACUACGAGUUCUCAGUCUUCGUUCAACGGGAAUCGCCAUCGAUGGUGAACUCCUGACAGCACAGAAAAAGCUAAUUUUUCUCGAUAUUUCAGGGAAUGAAUUAACACAGCUCAAUCUAAGGCAUUUGAAAGCUCUCACGAGUUUAAAGACACUCUUUGUGCAUGAGAAUAAGUUAACUGAAUUGCAGCAUUUGGAUGAUAUCAAAGAGAUCUUACCAAGCUUAACAACCAUCUCCCUCUCAAAGAAUCGCUUCACCUGCACCUACCUCACGAAAAUGCUUCAAAUACUGGAAAAUCUAAAAGUAAACGUUCUUCUUGAUACCAAAAAUCUCGCCACGUCCCUCAAUACAAAUGUCCUGGGAAUUGAUUGCUUUGCAACGGAUGAUGUUGCAAGUGGGAAUACCACGCAAUUGGAGAAAAUGCUAAUUUUCCGCGAGACAGCCCUUGAUCUAGAGAAUCGUUUUAGUCGUCUCUUCAAGAACAUUGAGACUCGCUUCAAUGAUAUGGUUGGUAACUUAAUGGACAUCCUGCAAUCAGCAGUAAAGGGCCCAGGUGAUACGCAAGCCGUCUUAGGGAAUAUUCUCACAAAUACCGAACAGCAGAGCUCAAUGACGAAAGCAUUGACGUCAAAUCUUGAAAAUAUAACAAAAAUUGCAACUGACGUGGCGGACUUUAGGGAGAAAAUUGCAUCGCUGCAGCUGGAUGAGAAACUUAAGAUGCUUCUUGCGGAAGUAAUUGCCACAAAGCGUGCCUCGGAGGAGGGAAAUCAGGAACUAAUUGCUAAGCUAACAUCCGAUCAGAUAGCUUCCAAUAGGAAUAUGUCGGAUUUUCUACCGCUUUUUGGCAAUAUUUCUGAGCAGCUUCGCAACAUAUCAUCAGCACAACAUUCAACCAUUGCAAUUGAUGAAUUAAAAUCGGAUUUUUCAUCAUGGAAAUACUUCUUCCUUACAACAUUUAUCUGUUCUGUACUUGUGUGCUUUUUCAUUGGAUUUAAACUCUAUCAGAAACGAUUGUCAUCCCUAUCUGUGUCUCGUGUAAAUUUAGCAUCAUCCGAAAUGAUUUAGACUUUUAAUAAAUGAGUGGGAAUGUGAUGAA